AUGGAUUGGACACCAAAUAAUUCUGUUCAAACGUUCCCUCUGUGCGACGAGCCUCAGGAGUUCCACGAUGCGGCUACGGAGUACAAUGACCAGUCAUUUGAGAAUCAGCUAAAUCAAUAUCAUCCCCGGAACAUGUUUCCUCUGGACCUUGCUCUCACGGUUCCCUCACAGGACGAUCCGGGCUUCCACGAAUCGCUCCUGCAGCCUGGAGACUGCAAUAUGGGCGAUUUCCCUGUCAUCUUCGAACAGUCUAUCAACCAGAUGUGUCCCCCCAACAUGGAUUUUCAAAACACCAUCGAUCAUUCGGGACUCUCCCAUCUCAACGCCAACGGCUGGGAUCCAGGAAGCAGCGAUAUUACUCCUCAACAUCAGAAUACCUGGUAUUAUUCUGGGGAACCAUCAGAGAUGAUUCCUCAAGAGCGUCAAGUGGGUGAUGUGUCAUUCAUGAUCCAGACGAACGACUUCGAUGUCAAUGUCGAGCCACGAGACAGCGGUUGGCUCUCCGCCACCCCAAAUCAAUCUCUGAUAUGGGAUACCACCGUGUCGUCUUCAGGAGCUCCGUCACUUUUCAGGGCCACACCUUAUUCCAGACAGAUGAGCUCCAACGAGAUGGCAGUGAUGUGCGAUGACCAGUCCUCCGCGGGACCCAGCACAACACAGUCUGCAAUUCAGCUGCCAACAACCCGAAAGGCGAUACGCAGUGCAAAGAAGUCGACAUAUUCUGACGGGAAAUGGGACGAACUGCGAAAAGACCAUCUCAACCGUCUUUACAUCCAGGAGAACCAUACUCUGGACGAGGUGGUGUUUGAGCUGGCGGUGAUACACAACAUUGAGAUUGGGUAUAUCUAUCACGUGAAGCUGAUACCCUUGGACGAAGAGUUUCUGACUAGACUUAGGAAAUCGACCAUCGAGAGAAGACUUAAGAAGUGGUCAGAAUUUUCAAAAAACAAUGCCCGUCAGCUGUCUCAACAAAACAUCUCCACGCGCCGACGUCCAGCAUCAGCCUUGACAUUUGUCAAAUCCAAUUCGACUUCUUCUAUUGGACAAUAUCCCUUUGCCUCUCUGAAUCAGGCAAGACGACAAGCGGAAGUCGACCGAAUACGGGACCUAUCCCCCGCAACGUAUCUCCAUCAAGAAAAGAUGUUCCACGCGCUGGAUCAGCUCGUCAAAGGCCUCCUUGCCUCGGGCAAGAAAAGCUGGAGAGUUUAUCCCGUGCGACCCAUCUCUUUCAUGGCCGACGGCGGGGACGAAGCGGCACGCGGUAAAUCCUCGCAAGACUGGGAAUCCCUCAUCGAGAAAUGCCGCGGCAUGGCGACCCUCGCCGAUUCAUCACAGUUUGGCGAGGUCCGAUCGGUCUUUGGCAAUGUGUUGGCAUCGACCAAACGGAUCGUGCAGACCUGCACGCCAGACUUUCUGGUGUCCUUUUGGAAGGUCUGCAUUGCCCUCUUCCAAGUCCGGAUUGGAGGGCGACGAGACUAUCUGUGCCUGCGGCUUUUCCUUCACAACCUCGGGGCCCAGCUCGUCAGAUCGCCCUCGGUGGGAGGACAUCAUGCCGUCACCACCUUUGUGUCAUCGUUGAUAGGUGUCAUAGAGUCAGAGCCGCUCGACCUCAAGGUCACACUCGGCUUGGCCUACUGGAAGGCCAUUCAUGUGCUCGCAAGCAUACUAGGCGGCGACCACGCUAUUGUCCUCAACAUGACCACCCAUUGCAUUCGACACUGGUCGGGCAGAUUUACGCCACAGAGGCACGUUCUCGAGUCUGCUUACGAGGGGCUCCUAUCCAGAGAAUCCCCGGUUUCUCCGGCUCUUUCCCAGAGAGAUAUUUCUCUGCGGUUAGAUCUCCUGUACGCCGUGUCCAUGAGGAAGAACUACUCCCCAGACGUAUUCCGACGAGCCGACGACCUCUGGAGCAUGACCCGCGAUAUCAGCCUGGGCAAGGCAACCACCGGCCGUCUCCGCCCGACCGUCAUCACCCGCGCCUUUGACUUUACGACUGAAUUGCUGACGGCUCACCACCUCGAGGCGGCAAGCAAUGCAAGAGAGUCAGACGCUGUAGAGGCCAGCCAGGCCAUGGUAUUCGGGUGUCUAGACACAGCCGUAGAGAUACUGCGAAAGGGCAGCCUCGAGUGCCAGAUUCGGGCAGUGGCGUUUUCGAAGCGACUAGAGGUCCAUCUCAGGGCUUCGGGGCGGAAGACGCAGGCGGUAGCCGAGAGAGAUCGGGGACGCGACCUACGGCUCGGCAUCAAGAGGGUCGUGAUGGCACCGUCCUGGGUUCCGAGCUUUGAGCCCACGAUGCGCAAAACGACGUCACGUCGCCGAGCGCCGACAAAGGCUGCCUGGGCCGCUGAAAAGCGUCGACUCCGCAUCAAAAGCCGAGAUAACUUGGUAUGUAUGCUUCAGAUAGAGGGGCACACGCAAAUCUCUGCGUGA